ACAUUUUGCAAAGAAAGGUUAAUUCCAUGAUAUCUCUUUGUUCCACUAGAAUUUAAUUCCUAGACACUCAAAUUAAUAACAGGUAUGGGGUCUAAAGCAUCUUUGCAUUUAAGAGAAGAAGAAAUUGAAGCAAUUCAACAAGAAACAGGGUUUCAAUCAAAUCAAAUCAUUCGUCUAUUCAGUCGCUUUACUUGCCUUGAUAAAGAACAAAAUGGUUUUCUAACUCGUGAUGAUUUUAUGAGAAUACCAGAACUUGCAAUUAAUCCUCUUGCGGAUAGAAUAGUUGAUGCUUUCUUUAACGGAGGGGAAGAGCAUGUCAACUUUCGACAGUUUAUGAGAACUCUUGCAAACUUUCGGCCAAGCAGUGCAAAAACAGCAGAAGAUUCACCAAACAGUAGAACAAAUAAGUUAAAAUUUGUAUUCUCGUUGUACGAUUAUGAUAGUGAUGGAAUGAUAUCAAAGAAAGAGUUGCUGCAGAUUCUCAAGUUACUGGUUGGAGCAAAUAUAAAUCAAGACCAACUUUCACACAUUGCUGAACGAACUUUGUUAGAGUCAGACACAAACAAUGACCGUCAUAUCAGCUUUGAGGAGUUUAAAACUGUAAUGGCUCGAACAGAGAUUGACACCAAAAUGAGUGUUCGGUUUUUGGAUUGAGCACAAGAAUAAGAUAUUUUUCUUUAUUAAAACAUAAGAUAUCUUCCUUUAUUUAAACUGGUUUAUUUUUAGGUUAUAUAGAACAUUAAAAUACUGGAAUACCCCUCUCUUUUGUGGUAAUACAAUAUAAUUUUAUCAAUCAUUAAAGAUAGUUAGAUUUAUUUUCCAACUCAUAUUUUCUCAUUUGUUCAUUGACUUCCUAAAAGGCAGUCUUGAGAUGGGUAUUGACAGUUUUAAGAUGGCUCUUUGAAAUUAUCUGACACCAUAUGCUGUUUUAAUUGUGGCUUUACACAAAUUAUAAUUAAGUUUGUCAGUCUGUGUAAUAGCGUUGGUACAUUGUUGCUGUGGUUAAAUGUACAAACUGACUAAUGCUGUGACAUAUCUGUGUUCUGAAUCUGUCUGCUGGAUUUUUAAUUUUACAUUAAUUCUUUUCUUUGCUUGACAGAAUAAUAAUAUAAAUGGUUUUAAACUUUUAUGUUAGUCACUUUCUUUUGUUAAUUGUUGCACUUUGAUCAUUGUAUUAAAAACAACACCUUAAUGUUGUGAUGAUCUUCUGUAUAUUAUUGUGGCAAUACACACUUAAACAUCAAUCAAAC